AUGUCGCAGCAGCAGCAGCAGCAGCAGCAGCAGCAGCAGCAAGUCGUGCAGCAAAGCCAAAAGUCCGCAGCACCAAAAGAUGCAGUAACAGCAGCAGCAACGGAAGCAGCAGCAGCAGCAACAAGGGAAGCUGCAGCAGCAGCAACAGCAGCAGGCGGAGGACAGCAGCAGCAGCAGCAGCAAAGUGCAGCAGCUAACCUGGUGCAGCGGGAUGUGCAGCUGCCCGAUGCGGUAGCCAGUGGAGGAGAAGAGACGCAAGAUGACGCCCUGCAGCAGCAGCAACAGCAGCAGUACCACCACCAACAACCGGGUAAGGAAGGGCGAGCGCAGCAGCAACAGCAGCAGCAGCAGCAGGAGCAACUGAAUCCCCGAACAUCCCCAGCAGCAGCAGCAGCAGCCGCAUCUCCAUCAUCCCCAGCAUCCCCAGCACCAGCAGAAACAACAGCAGCAUUAUCCCUAUGA